AUGAAGCUCCUCUUUCCUCUCGUCACCAGCCUCAUGCUGCAGUACCAGGUGAAAUCAGAAUUUUUGACUGUGAAAAAAUGUUUAAUGGGCUUUGGGAAAUGCAGAGACAGCUGCCUCAUCAGGGAAACCGAGAUACAGAAAUGCAAAUCCAAAAAAUGCUGCGUUGGCCCCAACGUGAUUGAACUGAUUAAAAGCUACCUCCGACAUGAAAUACCCCACAUAUCGGACAACAACACGGUGGAGAUGCUGAAGAGUGAAAAGAAACCCAGAGAAGAGAUGCAAAGAAAACACACCUUGGCCCCACUCUCCCAAGUCCGAGAUGCCAGCCCUUUGCUCAAUAUCAACUCUGCCGUCGUCCCAAAUGCCUCCCUUCUGAAGUCUGUCACCUCCAGGACCGGGAGACAUGGCUUGGGCGGUACUGUUCCUACCAAGGGGCACACAAAACAAAUCAGGGAUCCUGCCAGUGCUGCCCCUUGGCCCCAACCUGGACCACCAUAG